UCUACGUCGCAAUUAAACGUGUUGGCUUUUCGUUCGCGAAUGUUUACGUGGUAAGCUUGUGUGCACGAACUGAAAAUACAGAGGGUCCUUUGGAAAGUCGCGAUUGUGCAACGUUUACACGUGCGUUCGAUACACGAGCGUCGAUCGAUUUGGCCGUUUGUCUAUCAGCAAGACUAUUUUCCGAAUCCAGUGAAAAAUGAGAACUACAUCGUUGCUCGCCCUCGUUGUCUGUCUGCAAUGUCACGCCAUCCUCGCUGUUCCAGCACGAACCACCAGCCAGGUCCUUCUCGGGGAAGCAGACAUUGCCGUGCAAGAAGAUGGCAGGAAUGAGAUAACGACAGAGGAAUCGUUCGCGAAAAAAUGCGUCGUCGAUGAAAAUUCGUACUCCCACGGCCAGACGAUACCGUCGUACGACCCGAACUCUCAUUGUCUGUGCGUCGCCGGCGAAGUAUAUUGUUGGUGGCAGAAUUACAAUCCGAGCACCGAUCCUUCCGCCGGCCCCUCGUUCCUCCCAUCGACGACGAUAGAAAGUAAUUACACGCCGUCGCUGGAGGAAAGCACGGAUGCCGUCGACAGUUUGGAAGCUUCCGGUGAUCCAGCGGAGGAGCCCUCUGUCGAGCAACAGGGAUACGCGGAGAUUAACGCGACCUACUCGACAACCUCGCAGCCAGUACCGACUACGUGUCUCGUGAUGGGAAGGGAGUACCGUGAGGGCGAGGUGCUUCCUCACUCGACCGGAAACUGUAUUGAAUGCAACUGCGGAUCCGAGGGUCGCGUGGAGUGUUCACCACGGGACUGUGUGGCCCUUCGACCGGAGAUACCAGUUGCACCGGAUAUACCAGACGCUCCGGAUGGCGACUUCGAAGUGUUCAACCUAGCCAGGGACCGAGGAAUCGACGAGAGCUUCUAAAGAAUCCGAUAAUAACGGUCGUCGCCUGUUCGAUGAA